GGGCAGGAGAAGACCAAAAUAUAUUGGAGGGUGAAACCGUAGCAGAGCCGAGGAGGAAAUGAAAUCAAAGAAGCACUUACUUAUCAGUUGAUCUUGUUGAGAGAGGGAUAAAUGCGUGCUGUGGGAGUGGGAGAGUCGCGCCUUCUAAUACGUUUUAAAUGAGGUAGUGCGGAUAACGGGGUCUCCGCUGUUUGUGUGUGAGCACGCGAGUGCCCUUGUGGUAGGGCCGGUUGUAAUGACUUUUCAGCCUUUCUAUAAAAUUAGUCUGUACAACUAACAACGGAGUGAUCCCUUGGCGCAUGAGAAUCUCGAGGGAUUGAAAGAGGGAAUGAACCGUAAUACAGUACAGCAAUGCCAUGGACAGUGACUUGGGAAGAUCCCGUUCAGGGUGCACUUGUUUGCUUUAUUUCAUCAUAAGGUAUUGAUCCAAUUUAUGAUGGAGUGGCUUGGAUUUUCCUGUUUGCUGCUCGGUCUGUUACUCCGGCGAAGUAACACACAAAACGUUGUGCCUGACGCAGGUGAGUUUAGCCUACCUUAUACAGGUGUGUCACGGUUAGAGAGAUUGCCUUUGCAUAUUUCCUGUAGCCUCGUAACAAUGUUCCAUUCUGCAGAGUUGGCGCUGGUUAAAGUCGGGAUACUCAUUCACAUUAUUAGAUAAUCAUUCGUUUUCCAACAAUGACGUUCUUGGGAUGCAAUACACUGUGCAUCGUAAUAUAUCUGAUCACCUGGCCUAUUAGUGUAUAGUAUAGCCUAAAUCCGCAAAAUGGUAACUUAUUUAAAGGGUCUAUUAUAACUGUAUUGUAUUAUUGACAGAGUUGUCUAUUAUUCAUAUUUUUUCUGUAAAGUGUUUGUGUGUGUGUGUGUGUGUGUGUGUGUGUGUGUGUGUGAGAGAGAGAUACUUCCAGCUCUUGGCAUUACAGUUGAAAGGGAGACAAUGGAAGCUCUGUCUUUCAUUGAUAUUGCUGUCUUCAAGAAAAACAUUUGCCCUGCUGACUUUGGCCAGAAUGUCUCUGGAAACAGGUAACAUUCUGUUUGCCAAAUUCCAGUAACAAAGCUGUAAUAAUAUAUGCACGCUUAUGGUAGUCCCCAACUAAUUAAAAGUAAACAUUUGGAUCUAUCACUCAGGUUUAUUUGAUAAAGAUUAAGCAAAGCCUUUGGAGACAUUUUUCUGCAGGUCAUAAAGGUGGGAACAAAGCUUAAUUAAAUUUUUGGCUGCUUUUUAAUUACGUAAAUAGAGACUUAGGGAUUGAAGGAAAAGACAUACUUCUUCUCUAUUACAUCUCUCACACACAGUCUCUCUUGCUCACACACACCUCACUGUGGAUUGCAGAGAGGGAAGAGAGCUGCAAAUCCCUUUCCUCUCUUCUCUCUCCUUAUCCUUCUCUUUUUCUCCCAGUACUUACACACUCUGUCUUUCUCCCAAUAUUUCCCUAAGGGGGGGGGGGGGGGGGGGGGGAGAGAGAGGAGAGAGAGAGAGAGAGAGAGAGAGAGAGAGAGAGAGAGAGAGAGAGAGAUAGAGAGAGAGAGAGAGAGAGAGAGAGAGAGAGAGAGAGAGAGAGAGAGAGAGAGAGAGAGAGAGAGAGGCUAUGCAGAGAGUGGAAUACAAUGUGUGGAAGAAGUGACGCAAUAUGCAUAAUAUGUAUAUGUGCCUUUGGAUGAUGGCAGUCAUUUGUGUGUGUGUGUGUGUGUGUGUGUCUGCGUCUGUACCUCCAUCAGGCGUCAGCUUGUGAUUGAGUACCUGUAUUGUUCUAACUAGACCAGAGCAUGUCAGUGCAUAACCACAAUAGCAUGUUAGAACAGCAAAAACAUUGGGAUGCUCCUGCAUUCCUGCAGGGUUAUACACCUGUUAUAACAGGUCAUGACAGCUGAUGGAAAAAUAGAUGGGUUUCAUCUGACAUGCCCUUGUCCCUGUAGUGACAGAGAUAUGUCGACUGUUUUACCAACUACAUACUGUAUAGCUGUUGACCAACCUUCUAUGACAUCAUUGCUAUGGCAGUCAUCCUCUUAGGCGUUAUAUCACACCAGUAACACACAGCAGAGAGGCAGAGAGCUGAGUCAGACACAGGACAUAUGAAAAUGUAUGAGCUACUAUAUCUGAAUUCACUACAAGUGUUGUUGUUUUUUUAGUAGAAGCUGGGGUGUAGAAACUGGGGUGUUAGUAGAAGCGAUUUUGAUUUUACUGGAAAUGAUUAUUGUAUGUAGAUGGUUGAGAGAGCAGAUGUAGCUCAGUUGUUUCAGAGAAUAAAGAGACGACGAGGUCCAGUGACCAUUAUAAUAUGCUCAUCAGAGAGCGUCUGGCCAGACUGUGGCUAUUCUCUGCACAUAAUGUUCUCUGUCUCUCUUUUUAUCUUUCUCUCGCUCUCUCUCUGUUGUUUUGUUUCUCUCUCUCUAGUUUGUGUCCGUUUUCUUCCACCUAUCCUCAGUUUUUAAUCUGUUUAAUUUAUCUCACUCCCUUGACAGUCAUCUCUCAACCCCAUGCCUUUAUCCAUAUUUUAGCACUCGUCUCGUCAUCCCCUUUCCUUUCCUGUCUCUUGUCCUGUGUUCUAUGGCUUGGAUCCCAGUCUGUGUUUGAAUAAAAUGGCUUAAACCAAUCCAGUUUAUUUUGAAUGAUCACACAAAGAACAGCAAAUAUUUAAAUGUGGACAUAGGAAGAUUAGCAAAGUAAAGAACUACCACGACAGGUAAGAACAUUGGCAAACAAUGUGUUUUGAAAAAGUGUUUUUAUGUUGCCUUUUUAUGUUGCCUUGUGGAAUCUGUUCCUGGGCUUGCAGCCAUAUGCCUGCUUACAAUUCUCUCUGUAGAUAUAAGGUAUGAGGUAAAUAGCUUCAGUGUAAUCGCUCUCUCUCUCCCUUUCUCUCUCUCUCCCUUUCUCUCACCCCACCUCUCUCAGCUCUGAACUGUUGUGAGGGGGACAUCCUGCUCCUGUUGGAUUCUUCAGGAAGUGUGUCAUCCUAUGAGUUCUCUCGCCUGCUGCUCUUCCUGUCUGAGCUGCUCCUCCCCUUCUCACUGGGGCAGGGCCAGGUGAGGGUGGGGCUGCUGCAGGUGGGCACUGAGCCACACCUGGAGUUUGGUCUGGACGCCCACAGCACCCAGCCUGGCCUUCAGGGGGCACUGCAGAGGACCAGGCAGCUCCAAGGGGACACCAACACUGAGGCUGCCCUCAUACUGGCACAGGGGCUGCUAGCCAGGGUUGGAGCUGGGGAUGAAACAAAGCUCCCUAAGGUGCUGGUGUGGCUAACGGACGGGGUAGAGCCGGGCACGGUGGAUGGACCAAUGGCAGAGCUGAGAACGGCGGGCGUGUCCGUGCUGGCAGUCUCUACAGGACACGGGAACUACCAGGUGCUGCGGAGGGUGGUGACUCCGCCCAUCGAGUCCCACCUGUACUUUGUGGACAUCGAUGACAUCAGCAUCAUCACAGAGGACCUGAGGGAGGCCAUCAUUGGUGUGUGGGGCGGGGGUGAGGGAGGAAUGUAGUGACUCACAAAGGGUAGAUACAAAGACAGGGGAAAUAGAUGACAAUAUAUGAAAUAUACUUUUUUGCCCUUCAAACAGCACAGCAUUGUAUAAAACCGUUCAGCACACCACUUCUAACACUACAGCAGAGGUGGGACUAUGCCGCUUGACUAUAACUGAUUUGCCAGACUCAAGUAUUUAUAGACAUUCCUGAGAUUGCAGAUGACAACCUCUGUAGUGUCUAUGCAAACUCUCCCCCACUGAGUUGUAUGCCCCCCCCCCCCCCCCUUCUCUCUCUUAGAGCUGAUCCGUGCUGAGUGCCUGCGGGUGGUACAGGUGUCCUCGCACAGUGCCGUGCUGCAGUGGCGUCCUGUCCUCAGCGCCAACACAGGCUUCUACGAGGUCCGCUACAAUUCUGUGCUGCCAGGUGGCGGGAAGGGUCAGCCUGGUGGCGUGUCCAGCAGUGAGGGGCAGUACCACAGACGGACCCUCCCUGGGGAUGCCAGCUGGAUGGAGCUGAGCGGUCUGCAACCAGACACCAACUACACCGCCUCCCUCACCCCAAAGUCCAACCAGGACUACCUCAACACCCUCAGUGCCAACUUCACCACACUGCCCGGUGAGAGGGCGGGAGGAAGGGAGACUGGGAGAGAGGGAGGAAGAGGGGAUGGAAAGAAAGUGAUUGGAAUAAGUGUCAGGAAUGUGGGAGUGGAAUGAAAAGUACAGUGACGUGGUAGAAAUAUGAAAUAUGAAUAUUCUAAUAGAAAAUCAACACUGAUAGAAAAUCUUUUUACCUUAUUGAACACCUUUUUGUGCAUAAUCAUAAUCUAUUUCAUUUUUCUGUCAUCCCCCUGUCCUCUCCUCCCUGUCCUCUCCUCUCACACACCCUAGAGGUGUUGAGCCCAGCGGUGGUCACAGUGUCAGACUCAGGUCCUGACAGGGUGCGAGUGAGCUGGGGUCCUCUGCAGCCUGAGCAGGUCCAGAGGUACCAGAUAGAGUAUGGAGCUCUACCCAGUGGACAGGUCCACAUGGUUAUGCUACACGGACAUCAGAAUACCACUCUGCUCACUGGUCUAGAGCAAGACACACAGUACCUGGUCACUAUCAGCGCCCUGUACUCCACUGGCAAAGAGAAGGCAGUGUCUGUCAAGGCCUGCACUCAGGAGGGUAAGAUGUGUGUGUUUUUGUUCACCCUCUGAAUGGCACACAUACACAAUCCAUGUCUCAGUUGUCUCAAGGCUUAAAAAUCCUUCUUUAACCUGUCUCCUCCCAUUCAUCUACACUGAUUGAAGUGUAUUUAACAUGUGACAUCAAUAAGGGAUCAUAGCGUUCACCUGGAUUCACCUGGUCAGUCUAUGUCAUGGAAAGAGGGCCUAGCCCCUCUCUUUUUUCAUUCUGUGAUUUAUGGCUUUUAUAACAAAACACACACACUAAUCUGUCCUCUAUCUCUGUGUGUAUCUCAGUGCUGCCUGCCCUGGCUGACCUCCAGCUGACCCCAGUGGGGCGUGAUGCGGUGCAGGUCCGGUGGCGAGGCCACGAGGAGGGUCUGAGGGGGUAUUGGCUCAGCUGGGAGAGGGGUGAGACCAAGAUCCCAUCCCGCCCUGCGUCCUCCUCCCUAUACCUGCCCCCUGGAUCCUUGUCCACGCUGCUCACACACCUGGCCCCCAGCACCCGAGUGUGUGUGUCCCCUGUCUACCGCACGGCCCGGGGAGAGGGGCUCUGCUGCACCACGCACACACAAACUGGUCUGACACCGCGCGCACAGACACACACACACACAGGUCUGCCAGCCUUAUAUUGGACUUGACCGAUUUAUUGAACCGUCACAUUAUAGUCAUUGUAAUUUUAAGGAGAUACAGUGGGGAAAAAAAGUAUUUAGUCAGCCACCAAUUGUGCAAGUUCUCCCACUUAAAAAGAUGAGAGAGGCCUGUAAUUUUCAUCAUAGGUACACGUCAACUAUGACAGACAAAAUGAGGAAAAAAAAUCCAGAAAAUCACAUUGUAGGAUUUUUUAUGAAUUUAUUUGCAAAUUAUGGUGGAAAAUAAGUAUUUGGUCAAUAACAAAAGUUUCUCAAUACUUUGUUAUAUACCCUUUGUUGGCAAUGACACAGGUCAAACGUUUUCUGUAAGUCUUCACAAGGUUUUCACACACCGUUGCUGGUAUUUUGGCCCAUUCCUCCAUGCAGAUCUCCUCUAGAUCAGUGAUGUUUUGGGGCUGUCGCUGGGCAACACAGACUUUCAACUCCCUCCAAAGAUUUUCUAUGGGGUUGAGAUCUGGAGACUGGCUAGGCCACUCCAGGACCUUGAAAUGCUUCUUAUGAAGCCACUCCUUCGUUGCCCGGGCGGUGUGUUUGGGAUCAUUGUCAUGCUGAAAGACCCAGCCACGUUUCAUCUUCAAUGCCCUUGCUGAUGGAAGGAGGUUUUCACUCAAAAUCUCACGAUACAUGGCCCCAUUCAUUCUUUCCUUUACACGGAUCAGUCGUCCUGGUCCCUUUGCAGAAAAACAGCCCCAAAACAUGAUGUUUCCACCCCCAUGCUUCACAGUAGGUAUGGUGUUCUUUGGAUGCAACUCAGCAUUCUUUGUCCUCCAAACACGACGAGUUGAGUUUUUACCAAAAAGUUCUAUUUUGGUUUCAUCUGACCAUAUGACAUUCUCCCAAUCCUCUUCUGGAUCAUCCAAAUGCACUCUAGCAAACUUCAGACGGGCCUGGACAUGUACUGGCUUAAGCAAGGGGACACGUCUGGCACUGCAGGAUUUAAGUCCCUGGCGGUGUAGUGUGUUACUAAUGGUAGGCUUUGUUACUUUGGUCCCAGCUCUCUGCAGGUCAUUCACUAGGUUCCCCCGUGUGGUUCUGGGAUUUUUGCUCACCGUUCUUGUGAUAAUUUUGACCCCACGGGGUGAGAUCUUGCGUGGAGCCCCAGAUCGAGGGAGAUUAUCAGUGGUCUUGUAUGUCUUCCAUUUCCUAAUAAUUGCUCCCACAGUUGAUUUCUUCAAACCAAGCUGCUUACCUAUUGCAGAUUCAGUCUUUCCAGCCUGGUGCAGGUCUACAAUUUUGUUUCUGGUGUCCUUUGACAGCUCUUUGGUCUUGGCCAUAGUGGAGUUUGGAGUGUGACUGUUUGAGGUUGUGGACAGUCUUUUAUACUGAUAACAAGUUCAAACAGGUGCCAUUAAUACAGGUAACGAGUGGAGGACAGAGGAGCCUCUUAAAGAAGUUACAGGUCUGUGAGAGCCAGAAAUCUUGCUUGUUUGUAGGUGACCAAAUACUUAUUUUCCACCAUAAUUUGCAAAUAAAUUCAUAAAAAAUCCUACAAUGUGAUUUUCUGGAUUUUUUUCCCUCAUUUUGUCUGUCAUAGUUGACGUGUACCUAUGAUGAAAAUUACAGGCCUCUCUCAUCUUUUUAAGUGGGAGAACUUGCACAAUUGGUGGCUGACUAAAUACUUUUUUUCCCCACUGUAGUCUUCUUCAUGUGGUGCUAACAGCACUCUUGUGCAACAGGAAAGUAAUAACCCCUUUUUCUCUCUCCUUUUCUCUCCCUCUCUCUCACUUUGAUAGAUGCAGUAUUCUGGGGCUAUCAAUGAGACUUGCCUGCAGUCAGAGAGCUGAAGUGGAGGACAUUUUUUACAUUUGAAGUGCUUUAUUGCCACGUCAAUGCUGUGGUACAAUGGAGUCACAGCUCUGUGUCGCUUCAAACCACUUGAUUAUCCAGUAUUCACACCCCUUUACUUUU